AUGUCCCAAAAUAACGUAAUUUUCAACGUAGGAGGAACAAAAUUUGAAAUAUCAAAAGGAUUAUUACAAAAAUAUCCAAAUAGUAAAUUAUCAACGCUUUCUCAAAAGGCUUCUUCUGAAAUCUUUAUUGAUCAUAAUCCUUUGGCAUUUGGUGUGAUUCUCGAUUAUCUUCGUUCUAACAAAUUGCUAGUACCAAAAUAUGUUGCCAAAGAAGUUGUUGAAUUACAGCUAAAAGAGUUUAAUAUACCUUAUGAUCAAAUAAUCGAACCAGAUGUUAUGGACAAGGAUGAUAAUUUACCUAGUUAUGAAUCCGCUAUUAGUGGAUUUACUGCUCCUUAUAGGGAUGAAAAAAAUUAUUCUUUAAAAGAAACGGUUAUCAGUACUGAUGUCAUUCUUCCUUACUUGAAACGUCAUGCUAAACGUGGACAUCGACAAGUAACAUUUUAUUUGACUCCAUGUAUAGUCACACCUAAAAAUAUUACAACGGAUCUAACGGAUCCACAUGAAUGGAUUCAUCUUCAACACUCAUCACAAUCCCAAUCAACUCGCUAUCUUAAUUCUUCUCAUUCUGUUGAGAAAUCUGGUGUUAAAAAGGUUGUUGCCAAACAAACCGAAGUUUGUUGUAGAACUGAAAAUGAAUUUGGUUUAUUGUCAUCUAAAUCUUUAGAAAUUAUUCAAGUUGAUGUGUUUAACCCAAAUAAUCUAAGGAAUAAAGAUGGGAAGACCCCAUUAAUGGUAGCAGCUUGUGAAAACUGUCCUGACGUUAUAAAUUACUUGGUAGGAUUGCCAAAUGUUAACAUUGACCUACAAAAUAAUGACGGUGAAUCGGCAUUGUAUCAAGCUGCUUCGUUGGGAAAUGUUGAAGUUGUUAAAAUCAUGAUGAAUGCUAAUGCUAACGUUGAAAGUUGUAAUAGGGAAAAUAUAACCCCUCUUAUCAUCGCGGCUUAUAAUGGUCAUGCUGAUGUUUGUAGUGAACUUAUCGAUCACGGUCAUGCCAAUGUGGAUUUUCAAGAUAGUUCUUAUAAAACCGCUUUAUUAUUGGCUUCCUAUGAAGGUCACGUUGAAACCGCUAAAGUGUUACUAGCUCGAGGUGCAAAAAUGUGUCGGUUGUUAUUGGAGCAUAAUGCAGACAGAUCCGUUACAGCAGAUAAUGGGAAAACAGCUGGAAUACCUUCUCAAAGAGUAUCAGGAAGGUUUCCUACAACGACACCACAACAACCGAUUGAACAAAAUGUUAUGAUGCAAAACGUUUAUCCAGAGAUUCCAAUCAAUAAUACAAAAGGAUAUAUGAUGCCAAAACGUAUAGAUUCAAGGCGUAAAAGGAUUCAACGUAAGAAUACAGAUCUUGUUAAUGCUCAAUAUCGUCAUAAUAUUACGGGGAGCGAUAAUAUAAACGAUGGGAAAUAUAAGACAGCACCACAUUUAAAAAAUGACAUGGCACCGAGAGAGAGUAAAACUCCUUGGGUAUUAUUUUCAUUGGCAGUCACGGCAUGUUUUUGUAAUCCUUGCCUUUCCACCAUUGGUAAGAUGAAAGAUUCCAAUGUGCGUCAAGCUUGGCGUGAAAAAGUGGCUUUGGUGGUUAUUAUAUUAUUGAUUUCAUUUUUUAUGGGAUUUUUGGCAUUCGGUUUGACAACCAUCGCUUGUGGAACAAAGAAACAAACAUUUUUUAAGGAAGAUGUAUUUGAAAAAUAUGGACCGAAUCAACCGGGUCAAAAAGUGCAUAUUAUUCAUGGCAGACUCUAUAAUACUGGAGAAUAUAUACUUUUUGGUAGUCAUCGUCCGUUGACGCCUCCUAUCGAAGAUAAAGAUUUAGAACCGAUAAUAUUUCCAACGUUUGGACAAGAUAUCUCGGAUUAUUUUCCUCUAGACAAUCAAGAAUUAGGAUGUCCUUUUGCCCCUAAAAAUGGUGGACCCAUUUGCGAUAGAGCGAUUGAAACGAAAAAUCCAUUAUUAUAUUGUCAUACUUCUUCCAACGGUGUCAAUAACGCAUUAAAGGAACUAUAUAUGAGCAUAAGCGUUUCUUAUUCAUGGCAAAAUAUAACCAAAGCUAACACCACCUUGUUUGUUUAUAAUAAUAAGGUAUAUGAUUUAGGAAACUAUCUUGAUCCUUCAAAUGAGGAUAAGUGGCUUGGAGAUGAUAGCGUUACAGAAUGGCUUCGAGGCCUCCUCGGUAAAGAUGCAACAAGAGAUAUUCUUCGCACGACAAGGGGACAGGAGAUAUCAAAAUGUUUGCCUAAUUUUAAAGUAGGAGAUAUUGAAGGAACAACCAUCGGAUGUUUUGCGAAUAAAUUGAUUCUUAUUAUAAUGUUAGUCGUGUUCACAGGAAUUUCUUUAAUCAAGUUCAUUUCCGCAAUAGCAUUUGAUUGGUUUCUAUCAUGGCAACUUGGUAAAAUAUCGAAAAAACCAAAAACCGAUGAUACGACAUCACACAUUUUAUUAUUAGUCACGUGUUAUUCGGAAGGCGAACAUUCAAUGCGCACAACGCUUGAUUCAUUGGCCAGUUCGGAUUAUUCUGACAAGCACAAAUUAUUAAUGGUAAUCGCUGAUGGUGACAUAACCGGAUCAGAUAACGAUAAAUCAACUCCGACAAUAUGCAAGGAUUUAAUUGAACCAUUCAAUUUAUCUAGUUUUGAGUCUCCGAUACCACAAUCAUAUUUAGCCAUAGGAGAUGGCAAAAAGCAACACAACAUGGCAGAAGUCAUUAUCGGAUAUUAUAAUUGUAAGGGACAUCGUGUUCCAAUGUGUUUGAUUAAUAAAGUUGGUACACCAGAAGAACGAAAAGGGCUUAAAGCCGGUAAUCGUGGUAAACGGGAUUCACAGCUUAUAUUAAUGAAAUGGCUUAGCAAUGUAUUUUUUAACGAUCGUAUGACACCAUUGGAUUUCGAAUUAUUUGAAAAGGUACGAACAUUAACGGGAGUAACGCCUGAUAAAUACGAGAUGAUACUUAUGGUUGAUGCAGAUACGCUGGUAAUGAAGGAUAGUGUUAGUAGGAUGGUGGCAGCGAUGGAACGUGAUCCAACGGUUAUGGGACUUUGUGGGGAAACGAAAAUAGCGAAUAAGAAGACGAGUUGGGUUACAAUGAUACAAGUAUUUGAAUAUUAUAUUUCGCAUCAUCUUGGAAAAUCCUUUGAAUCAAUAUUUGGUGGGGUAACCUGUUUGCCAGGGUGUUUUUGUAUGUAUCGUAUCAAAGCACCAAAAUGUAAUGGAUUUUCCGUUCCCAUACUCGCAAAUCCUGAUAUCGUAGAAUUAUAUUCUUCAAACACCGUGGAAACGUUGCAUCAAAAAAAUUUAUUGCUCCUUGGAGAAGAUAGAUACCUUACCACUUUAAUGUUGAGAACAUUCCCGAAACGUAAAAUGAUUUAUGUACCAAAGGCGAUAUGUAAAACUAUAGUACCGGAUGAAUUUAAAGUAUUAUUGUCACAAAGAAGAAGAUGGAUCAACUCUACGAUACAUAAUUUGAUGGAAUUAAUUCUCGUACCACAACUUUGUGGUAUAUUCUGUUGUUCUAUGCAAUUUGUUAUAUUUUUGGAAUUGGUUGGAACGGUUGUAUUACCUUCUUCACUAAUAUUUAUGAUCUAUUUAUUCAUUGUCGGUGGCCUUGGUGUUGAUAUUACCUUACCCUUGAUUUUUAUUGCUGCUACUUUCCUUUUACAAGCGUUUUUGGUCAUCUUUACCACUCACAAAUUUAUUUAUGUGAUGUGGAUGUUUAUUUUUAUUUCGGCCAUGCCUAUUUGGAAUUUCAUCUUACCUGUCUACGCGUUCUGGCAUUUCGAUGAUUUUUCAUGGGGUGCAACUCGUAAAAUUUCUGGUGAAGACAAUGGUCAUGAAGGAAACAAAACCGAUGUAUUUGAAAGAAAUCAGAUUCCAAGAAAGACAUGGCAUGAAUGGAAACUCGACAAUGAUAAUGUUAAUGUUGAAAAUGGUUAUCCUUCAAAGAUUCAACAAACGACAACUUUACAAAAUCGACCCCCGUCUCAGAGAGUUUUCCCGGGUGGAUUUGCUCCUAUUCCAACCGCUACAACGUUACCACCUCCACCACCGAAACCAACCAGUAUUUAUGAUAAUAACUUUAAUAAUCGUAGUAGUCAUAGUGUUACGGGUACAAGACCUAUGGGACCAAGGGGGCCAAUUAAUCUUGCUGGUUCAAGGAAAUCCUAG